UUUCUUCCAGCCUGAUUAUUCUGGGUCUCAGUCUGUGCUUCCUGGGAGCCAGGGCUACGGAUCCGGCAGAUACAGUCAGUGUGUGACCUCCGUCCCUCCCUGUAACACUGCUAUAAAAGCCGGGUAGUGACAGACUGGGCUCACACACAGCGUGAGGACAACAUGAUUUCUUCCAGCCUGAUCGUUCUGGGUCUCAGUCUGUGCUUCCUGGGAGCCAGAGCUACGGAUCCGGCAGAGAAGCCGGGCAGUUGUCCUUUGGAUGUGGAUUACCCACGAUGUGACUCGGUGAAUACAAAUAAUCAGGAGAACGGAUGUCAGAAAGACAGCGACUGCACGGGGGACAGAAAGUGCUGCUUUUCUGGCUGUCAGAAACAGUGCCUCCUGCCUCUGAAAGCUAAGCUGGACCCCUGUCCUUCCUAUGAUCCCUCCAUAUGUGCACUCAUCAAACUUGCACCCAGUGACUGCCAUAUGGACAACCAAUGCCAAGGAACUGAAAGAUGUUGCUUCUACUGCGCUGGUUACUAUUGCGGAGGGGCAAUAAUUGAAAACUAAUCUCUAUCCGGUAACGAGUGACGGACGCUGCAUAGCACAUAGCACACUGAUGGCACGCCUCGUGAUCCGUCCUACUAUCUCUCCGCUUGGGAUGGACUGUGUCCCACCACUUCCCGUCCAUUCAUUGCUAAUUACUGUCACUUGAUGUAACUGAUUCCAAUAAAUAGAAAUAUCAUCA